UGUGCCACCGGAUCCCUGCUGGGCCUCUUUAAAACCCUGCACAUCCCUGGGAGAUGCAGAGUUCGGAGCUGCGCGGUCCCGGCGCUGCGGAGGAGCUCAGCGCCCAGCACAGACGGGCCCUGCGCGCUGGGAGGGCCAGCCCCCGCGGCCCGCAGGACACCAGGCACCGGCCAGCACAGCCGCUCCUGUCCCCGUUCCCGAUGGCUUCCCGGUGGCUCUGUGCUCUCUCCACAGCGCUGGUGUGGGGCUGCGCCGCAGCAUCUUCCUCCUCCUCCUCCUCCUCCUCCCACGCUGCAGCUGCUCCCCCACAAGACCUGCACAUCACUGACCCUGGCCUCCUGGGCUCCCUCGAUAUACAGUGGAAACCUCCACCCGCUGCCCAGACCUUCAACGAGUGCACAGUAAAAUACAGGAUUGAACACCACAGCGCUGGGGACAGAGACUGGAAGGUGAUUUUUACUAAGAAGCUCAAAGUCAGAGUUGGCUUUGACCUCAGCAGGAUUGCUGAAGUGAGGGUCCAGACACUGCUGGAAGGGCGCUGUACGGACGGUGUGGAGGUGCACAGUGACUGGAUCUAUGCCACCUUUCAGGUCCCACUGCAAGGAAAACUGGAAUCAGGGGUUCAGAAUUUCCACUGCAUCUAUCAUGACUGGGAAUACCUCAAGUGCACUUGGCAACCUGGUCUCCUCACUCCUCACAGUGUCCAUUAUGGACUCUAUUAUUGGUACGAGGGGCUGGAGCACGUGCUGCAGUGUGACAGCUACGUUCAGGAGCACAGGAUGAACAUCGGCUGCGUGCUGCAGAACCUCAGCCAGGCAGAAUAUAAGGAUCUGAGCAUCUGUGUCAAUGGCUCGGCGGGCACGGCGCUGCUCCGGCCCUUGUACAUCACCCUUCGCCUUCACAACCUAGCCAAGCCCUCCCCCCCGGAGCAGCUGGUGCUUUCCAUGCCUGCGCCCCAGGAGCUCCACCUCGCAUGGACCCCCCCAAGGGGCAGAACACCGGCCCCGUGCCUGGAGUACGAGGUUCAGCUGGCGGAGGAUGCUGGGCAGGACGAGGCUUCCUGGGCGUCGGUGUCCACCCAGCUGGAGACCACGCUAACGGUUUACAGAGCAAACCAAAGCCGCGUCUCGUGCGCUCGGGUCAGGGGGAGAACAAACAUCUUCUGUGCGGACCAGGGCUUUUGGAGCGAGUGGACACGGGAGUGCUUCUCUGUACCCAGAAAAGAGGACAAGCAGCUAUUUAUCCUUGUUCCAGUCAUCCUGAGUUUGUCAAGUAGCCUCGUAAUGUUUAUGUUGCUUGGUCAGUGUAAGAGAAGAUCCCCGGCAGGAAAGCCAUUGCACGCUUCUGCGGGAUGCUAACUCUGUUUGCUGCUGCUGUACCACUUGUGUUUGAUGGACUGCUCUUGCAACAUCAUCCCAAUGACAGCUGAGGAGGCCUCAGCUUUCUGAAGCCCACACAGGUCUGCCCUAACUGCUGCCAUCUGUGAGGCUGGUUGCUGCAAUUCAAGUCCUCAACGGGCCCAAGGAAAACACUGGAGGCAUUUUAAGCUGACUGUGGAGCAAGCUGUUAUUGAUGACAGGACAAGGGAGAGAAGGGAGGCAGUGGAACCUGCUGUGAAUAAAGGAAACAUUGUUCUGUG